AUGUUCUCGGGAGACAUGGGGUCGUCGGGUGGGGUAGGGGAACUGCGGGAGCUGAUUGGCCGGCUCGUGGAGCUUGUGAUGAAGCCUAACGCGGCGGAUUACUUGCCCUGGCUGAGGCUGUUUGACGUGCAGGGGAUUAGGCGGGAGAUCACGCGGUUGUAUGGUAGGGUGCACGAAUUGUUGUGGGAUGUCAUCAAGAGGCGGGUAGGGGAGAGGGCGGGCGGGCCCGCGAGGCGCCGGGAUUUCUUGGAUGUGUUGCUCGAUUAUGCGGAGGAAAACGUGGGCCAUGGCGGAGCUCCUACGCAACCGGCCCGUGCUCGCCAAGCUCAAACGAGAAAUUUCCGACAUCAACAUCCCGCCCGAAAAACUUGUCGAGGAACAAGACAUACCCCGUCUCGCGUACUUAGACGCGGUAAUAAAAGAAACCUUGAGGGUCCACCCGGUGGCCCGCUCCUCAUACCCCACCUCACGGAGGAACGGGCCAACAUCGGGCCGUACACAAUUUCCGAGGGCACUGAGGUCCUCAUGAACGUGUGGUCCAUACAGAGGGACCCGGCCUAUUUGGCCGACCCGACUAGUUUUAGGCCCAAGAGGUUUGUGGGCUCGGAUGUCGACAUCCGGGGCAGGGACUGCAGGUUCAUCCCGUUCGGAACGGGCCGGCGUAUCUGCCUCGGGUCAGGCCUUGCCGUGCGGAUGGUGAGCCUAAUGCUGGCUAACCUCGUGCACGGUUUCGAUUGGGAGUUUCCAGACGGGAUGCGGCCGGAGGACUUGGACAUGACGGACGGGUUCGGGAUAGUGUUGUGGAAAAUGGAGCCGCUCGUGGCCAUCCUGUGA